AUCAAAAUCUGACUGAACUCCAAACAAUGAAUUUUACCACGCAGGAGAAAAGCUUUUCAAGCCUUAAUAUCUUCGAGAUAUGCAUAUAUUUUGUCAUCUUAGUUGUAGGUGUCAUUGGAAAUGGACUUGUCAUCUUUGUGACCGGCUAUAAAAUGAAGACGACAGUCAAUUCCAUUUGGUUUCUCAACUUGGCGAUUGCAGACUUCCUUUUUAUUAUGUACUUGGUUUACCCAAUUGUUUUUGCCUUUGAUAAAAGUAUAUUUUGGGACUUGGACAAACUCAUUAAUGCAUGUUUGACUUUUGUUGGUGCACUAAAUUUGUCUGCAAGUGUUUUCUUUCUGACAGUUAUCAGUGUGGAUCGAUGUCUGUGCACCUGGUUUGUUGUUUGGGCUCAGAACAAACGAACUUUAGUCAAAGCCAGAAUCAUCAGUGUAUUUGUGUGGAUUUUAUCCAUCUACUGCAGCAUCCCUUUUGGCUUUGUUAAGUAUGUGUAUGAAGCUGAAAAAAACAUCAAUGUCUAUAUGUCUCUGUUCACAUUGAUGUUUAUUUUGGGAUUUGUAAUUCCCUUUAUAAUUAUUGCAUCUUCAUACAUAACUAUUGGUGUGCGAGUAAAACGUCUCAAAACAGGAAAGCAGUUUCUGCCAUACCGGCUCAUAUCUGUAAUUCUGGCUUUUUUCAUAUGCUGGUUUCCUUUCCAUGUUCACAAACUGUUUUUGAUAAGUGCAGUGAAGUAUAACUGGAGUUACAGUGCUAGAAAGAAACUUAAUGCUGCAGAUCCUUUUGUAAAGUGUCUGGUUUAUGUAAACAGUUGUCUGAACCCCAUUCUCUAUGUGUUUAUGUGUGAGGAGUAUAAGAAGAAACUUAAAAAGUCUCUCUUGCUGGUGUUUGAGGGGGCUUUUACUGAAGAGCAUCUGAAUUUAAGAUCAACUCCACUUCCUCACAACUCUCAAUGUCAGCAGACAAACAGAAAGUCUCACACCAAACUCUUGCCAACAGCUCAAUGUAUCGAUGAAGAGGAAGUGAUAAGCCAGCAGAAAUAG